AAGCGUCUGUUACAAAUCACUUUGCUUUUGCCUCUCUUCAACUUUCCUCUUUCCUUCCUCGCAGCCUUUAGGUAUUUUUUCACUUUCCUCUUCUCUCUCUCGCCUACCCUUAUCAUUUUCGAUCGCUCAAGAUGGAUCCACAAUCUUCCGGUGCUUCCUGAACAUCUCUGAUCUCUUCUUACGUCAUCUGAUUCUCCAGUUUUUGUCGUUUGUGAUAUAUCUUGAAGCUCUACUUCGCAGCUUGGAGUUUGGACUUGUUUAAAUUUGCAAUGGAGGAUACCAGGUCAGUUGCUUCGCUCAUGGACUCUACAUCAUCCAAGAUUCAGCAGCUUCAGAAGGCCUUUGCUGAGCUCGAAAGCCAGCGCGCCGUAACACUCAAUCUGAAAUGGAAGGAAAUCGAGGAGCAUUUCCAUGGUCUCGAGAGGUCCUUGAAGAGACGGUUUCAUGAGCUUGAAGACCAAGAAAAAGAGUACGAAACCAAAACAAGGAAAGCUCAAGAGUUACUGGAGAAAAAGAAGGCAGCUGUUGAGGCCAAGGAGAAGGUGUCACUAGAAAGGCUUCAGAAGAAGAGAGACGCUGCUGUGUUUGCUAUAAACAGCGCUUUGGUUAAGUACAACAAUCCUCCUCCCAUCACUAUCACUUCUGCUGAGGAUUCACCCAACAACGCCUUUGUUGCUGAUGGUACCGAUGAGAAUCCGGACGGUACUGUGCAAGAGGCUGAGAUCUCACCUGAGGUAAAGGCUUAUCCGCAGUUACUGAAACUGUGCGGGGAUAUGGACUCAGCAGGGCUCCAUAAGUUUGUAUCAGACAACCGCAAGAACCUUGCGUCACUUAAGGAGGAGAUCCCUGCGGCGUUCAAGGCUGCAGCGAACCCGGCGAGCUUAGUGCUGGACUCUUUGGAAGGGUUUUACCCUGUGGAGGCACCAAACGGUGAUGGAAAGAAAGACGGUAACCUCUUGGGAAUGCGCAGGACGUGUAUCAUGCUGAUGGAGUGCCUUAGCGUACUGUUAUCUGGUCUGGACGGCAACUCCCUUGGUGCUGUUCUCUCGGAAAGUGUUAAGCAGAGAGCGAAAAGUAUUGCAGAAGGGUGGAGUCCACUGCUGGGGAGUCUUGAGAUGGAUGCUUGUAAUGGUAAUUCGUUGGAGGCGCAUGCGUUCCUGCAGCUGCUGGCAACUUUUGGUAUUGUUUCCGGCUUUGAAGAGGAUGGAAUCUUGAAGCUGAUCCCCAUGGUUUCACGUCGUCGUCAGGCAGCUGCGCUUUGCCGUUCUCUUGGGUUGUCUGAAAAAAUGCCUGGUGUGAUUGAAGUUCUCAUGAACAGUGGAAAACAGAUUGAUGCCGUGAACUUGGCAUUUGCGUUUGAACUCACUGAACAGUUCCCACCUGUCGAACUACUGAAGUCUUACUUGACCGAGGCAAAGAGAUCUUCCUCCCAAGGUGGACCUGGCAAUGCAUCUCCUGCUGUUCAGGAUGAGUUCAAUGAGAGGGAGCUUACAGGUCUUAAAGCCGUGGCCAAGUGUGUGGAAGAGCAUAACCUGGAAGAGCAGUACCCAGUUGAGCCACUUCAGAAACGGAUUCUCCAGCUGGAGAAGGCCAAAGCAGAGAAAAAGAGAGCAACAGAACCCACAAAGCCUCAGACAAAGCGACCACGUGGUGCUCAACCCCGAGUCCCUGACAACCACAACCACAACAACAACAAUAACAACAAGACAGGAUAUGGUAGAGUCAUCCCUGAGAGGUAUCCGCAGUAUGUUUAUGACAACAGACCUUUCCUUAGCGGUCCAAUCAUGGCGGCACAAGCUCCUCCGCCUCCACCUCCUCAGACUUACACUUUCAGUCCAGCUGCUGCUGCUCACGGGAACUUCUACGGGAACUGCUAUCAAUACCAGGCUCCUCCUCCUCCGUACUUUCACUAGUGACUAAAAAAGGUGAUGGUGAACGUGACUGUGACUCUCUCUCUUCUAUGGUGUUAACUUGUGGCAGCUCUUUAACCCCUCCUCUCCUUCUAGUCGUUUCCCUUUCGUGUUGUUGUUGUACGGAUGAUUUUAGUAUUUUUAAGGAUCAACCCUACUCAAAACAAAAAAAAUCACUCUUUAAGUAUUUCUAUUAAU